AUGACAAAAACAGUUUUGAACUCUCCCCCAGUCAAUUUAGUGGAGGCAAAGUUAGUUCAGGUGGGAAACUAUAAGUUUACUGGGAAGGUUCUUGGUAAGGGAUCGUUUGCAGUUGUCAGAGAAGCUGUCCAUGUGCCAAUGAAUGUUUACGUAUCUGUAAAAGUUAUGGACCUGACAAAAUGCAACACCUAUAUGCUUAAAAACCAUCUCAGGGAAGCUAAUAUUCUUCAAAGUUUAAACCAUCCUUUUGUACUGACGCUUUUUGAGACAAUGGCAUACCAUAAUAUAUACUAUGUGGUUACUGAGAUAAUCCAGGGAGGAAAUCUUUGUGACUUUGUUCAACAAAAGAAAGGGAAAAUAGAUGAAACUACCACAAGAAGAUUCAGCCGGCAGAUUGCAUCAGCUUUGCAAUACUUACAUACGAGAGGUAUUGUCCAUAGAGACUUGAAGUUGGAGAACGUCAUGUUGGAUGCUGGGAAGAGAAAUGUUAAGCUUGUAGAUUUUGGUUUAACCAACACUUGGUCUCUGGACUCUCCACUCAAGACACUCUGCGGUUCGCCGGAGUAUUGCGCUCCAGAACUAUUUUUACGAGGCACCAAGUACGGCCCAGAGGUGGACAUGUGGGCAUUCGGAGUAAUUAUGUUUGCGUUGGCUGCUGGAAAGCUACCAUUUCCCUGUCUUUCUAAUAUUAAGGCUCGUCACACACUGCCUCCGGUCCGGUUUAUUCUGAUCCGGUGUUUUUCGCCGGAUCCGGCAAAUUUCCACACACUGCAUCAGGCGUUCCAGUUCCGGCGACCAGUCUAUGCGAGGACAGCGGAUACUGUCAGUUGA